UUGUUUCGAGCAGACGACAGUUCAUCACAGUUUCCGCUCAACUAGUUCCAGAGAGAAAACAUCCUCUCCGAGUUUUUGUUUUGGUGCAGGCAGCGCUUUGUUGUCCGAAGAGCGCAUGACUGUUUGGUGAGGCGGCAGAAGAAUGGAAUACGUGGCGUGGGCUUUCCGGGCCCCUUUCGAAGGGUACAGGUGGAUGAUGGACAAGAGCGAUCCGCGGACCCUGGAGUGGCCCCUGUGCGGCAGUCCCUUCCCCAUGCUGUCCCUGAUUGCCGGAUACGUGUACUUCGUGAAAGUGCUCGGCCCCCAGUGGAUGAAGGACCGGCCGCCCUUCCGGAUAGAGCGCACAAUCAUCGCCUACAACGUCGCCAUGGUCGUCCUCAGCGCCUUCUUCUUCCUCUACGGUGGCAGUUUUACUUACAUCCCUCCUUGGGGCAAAUUCAGCUGGUUCUGUCAGCCCAUCGAUUACGGUUAUGAGCCGAGAGUACUCCAGAUGGUCAGUCUAGGAUGGUGGUACUUGAUGCUGAAAAUAGCAGAAUUUGCCGACACGGUGUUCUUCGUCCUGCGCAAGAAGUUCGAUCACAUCUCAGCCCUUCACGUCAUUCAUCAUUCUCUCGUAGCGUGGGGUGUAUGGAUUGGCAUCAAAUUUGGCGCGGGUGGCAGCAACGCCUUCUUCCCGUUCCUGAACUGUUUCGUGCACACUCUCAUGUACUCAUAUUAUUGCAUGGCAGCGCUGGGGAUGAAGAAACACCUGUGGUGGAAGAAACACCUGACUAUCCUGCAAAUGGUGCAAUUUGUGGUGGCGUUCGCCCACGGGUUGGUGCCCCUGUUCCACGACUGCGGCUAUCAGAAGGGUUUCGCGUACGCCAUCAUGUUCCACGCCCUCCUUUUCAUGGUGAUGUUCAUUAACUUCUACAGGAACACUUACCACAAGAAGCAGAAACGAUUGCAAGACGACAACUGCAACAUUACCACCGAAAAGCAUCAGGACGGCCAUGAAAGCUUGAGGAAGAGACAGGUAGCCAACGGGACAAGACGGGGUUGAGGCGUGGUCAUGCUUGAGUCAAUAAGGACACAAUCUCGAACAACUCAUAUGCAUGUACGAAAAAUGAUCAAAAAUUCUUUGUACUACAAUUGGAAUAAAAUAAAUUAUUAAAGUAAAUAAAGCACUCAGGCUAAAAGUUACCGUUCCUUAGCUGGAACAAGGCAGAACUACAAGCAAAUAUCAAACAGCUCAUUUCGACAUCCAUCCGGAGGCAGGAACGAGCUGUCUGGUAUAUUCUUGUAAAUAAAGCAAUUUUUUCAUCUUUUGACAGUAGGUGCUUCAUUUACUUUAAUUAUUUAUAUAAUUCCCUUUCAUAUGGACUUCAAAAUCGUGAUUCAUAAAACAGAAUGUGCAAUCAUGACGUGUAAAGAAAGAGCACUGCAACGUACAAUCAAACCUCAUCAUAAUGAACAACAGACUAUUGGAAAUGGUCGAUUACAGACAAAUUUUCGAAAAGCUUUAUUGUACUCCACUUACUUACUACAUUUAAUUUCUAAAAGAUUUUCAUUUGUAUGAUUUAUUAGUAGAAAUUUUGCUAUUAUGCUCUAUGAUUAUUUUCCCCCCUGUCUUUCUAGCCUGACACUAGGUUAUCUUAGAAAGUUAUCCAAACGAGUACAUUUCUUUACAUCCAAAAAACCCUGAAAUGAUUUACUGAUGGAUAUGUGAGGUACGGGAAGAAGAAAAUUCACGGUCAUAAUUUUAUUUUAUUCUAAGAUUCGAGAUAGGAAAAAAAAAACCACGGAGGAAAUAUUCUUCAGAAAAAGAAUAAAAUUUCAAAGAUUUUCCGUUCACUGUAAUUGAAAUUCACGAAUCUUGGAGUCUUACGCGUUAAAAAAUUCACUUCUUGAAUAGAAGUCCAUAAUAUCCGAUGUUCACUAAACUGAGGUUUGAUUGUCACAGAGCACAAGGAAAGAGCUCUGGAGAGCUUCUCGCCUAAAGUGAUCAUGGAUUGUAGUAACUUGAUUGUUACAGAGAGAUCUUGUAUUAAAUGUUUGUAUUAAAAAA